AUGCACUUCCCCAUCGUCAGCCUCUUGUCCCUGGUUGCCCUGGUCAGCGCCGCGCCUGCAAACCUCCAGGCUCGAGAUGCUACCAACUGCGGCGGCGUCCAAUACACCGCUGGUGCUGUCCAGGCAGCUGCUGAUGCUGCUUGCAACUAUGUCCAGAGCGGCAGCCAUGCCGGAUCCUCGACUUACCCUCAUCGAUACAACAACUACGAGGGCUUCGACUUCCCCGUCGCCGGCCCCUACAACGAGUUCCCCAUCCUCAAGUCUGGCCAAAUCUACUCUGGUGGCUCCCCCGGCCCUGACCGCGUUGUCAUUUCUAAUAGUUGCAACCUUGCUGGCGUCAUCACCCACACCGGUGCUUCUGGAAACAACUUUGUCGGCUGCUCCGGCACUUCGUAA